AUGGCCCAUCUCGAGGCCCGCAAGCACAUAUCUCCCGACUCGGAAAAGAUCAGAGACCAUGUGCCGCCUGAUAGUUUGCGAGAAGAGAUUAAGCCUGAAAAGGACCGAGCUCACUUCGCUGAUCCUUCCAAGAAAGCCCUGCUUUCUGUAGCCAAACAAGUUGAUCUCACCGAGUCGAUCGGAACCCUCCUCGAAGGUGUUCAACUUUCUCAGCUCAGCCCCGAACAGCUAGAUGAGCUUGCUGCUCUGGUCACGGAGCGAGGUGUUGUCUUCUUCCGCAACCAAGACCUCACGACUGAUGGCCAAGUAAAGCUAUUUGAGCACUACGGCGUUCUUGAUAAGCAUCCAGCUCAGAAGGAUGUUAAACAUGUUGUGAUUAAGGGCAGUAGGGAAGAUCAUCGUGAAAUUCUCAACUACACACCCUGGCCUGGGGCAGACUUUCACGCCGACACAUCGUUCGAGAUCAACCCACCGUCGUACUCGCUACUGCGGAUGGAAGAACACCCUGCAGUUGGCGGGGACACGACAUGGGUGUCACAGUACGGCCUUUAUGACGCCCUGAGUGACGCCUACAAGAAAUUCAUCAAUGGAUUACAUGCUGUGCAUACGUCGCGACUGCAAUAUGACAGCAUUCUUGAUCUCUGGGGAGUGGGACCCAAUCGGCCACCGAUCGAUAGUCAUCAUCCUGCUGUCCGCACUCAUCCUGUCACUGGACUGAAAGCUUUGAACGUAAAUCCAGGCUUCGUGACAGGAUUCGCCGAGUUGAAAAAGGUCGAAUCGGAUAAGUUAUUGGAUUUCUUUGCCUACCACAUCCACUCUGCGGACGAUCAUGCACCCUUGACUGACAUUCACAGGGCCACAAUCCAUCGGGUGAUACCGGGGACAUAUGAAGCCCCUCGAAGGGGCAUUAGGACAACCGUUUUUGGCGAGAAACGUAAGUUGCAGCCCGUGAUACUUUUGGGCAGCAAAUUGACUCUCUCAGCCUACCUUGACCCGGCUAGCGAAAGCCGCAACCAGAGGGCAGCACGGCUCAAGGCUGCUAUACAAGAUGGAAAGACUGCUUCUGGAGGUGGCUUAGGUAGUAAGGCACCUGUUGGCGAAAGCAACAAGAACUCAAAGCCCGAAGCGAGUACCCCUGCUUGA